CGCUGGCUCACGGGGCCCCAGCCGCUGGAGCUCUCAGUGCAGUCGCCGCAGCGCAGCCGGGGCCAUGGACUUGGACGCGCUCGGGAUAUUCCGGUGGCGCACCUGGAACGCAAGGCUUCGGCUCGUGGUCGCCGCUUCCUGGCUGCCCAACUUUGCCCUGGCGCUGGCGCUGAGCUCCGACUUGCUGCUGUUCCAGAAUCCGCCCUUUCACCACUGCCGGCCCGACCUGGCGCUGCUGCCCCCGAAUCUGCGCACCCUGGACGGCCCGGCGCUGCUCAACGUCAGCCUCCCGUGGCUGCCCCUCUCCAACACCUGGAGCCCCUGCCUGCUGCUCCAGUACCUGGGCCCGGACUCCAAGCCCAACGGCACCAGGCCCUGCACCCGAGGCUGGGAGUUUGAGCGCCCCACCUCCGGCCUGCUGCGCACCCCCAUCACCCAGUGGAAUCUCGUGUGUGGGGAUAAAUGGAAGGUGUCCCUGGAGCAGAUAAGUUUCAUUCUGAGCUGGUUGUUGGGCUGUGUGAUCCUGGGCUCAGCCUGUGACCGGUAUGGCCGUCGGGCCGUCUUUGUGACCUCCGUGGCCCUGGCUACGGUGUUGGGAAUUGGGGUGUCCCUGUCGAUCAACUUCUCCAUGCUGCUGUCCCUGAGGGUGUUCUAUGGGGCCUGUGUGGCUGGUGCCUUCCUCUCACUCUAUGUGAUCCGGGUGGAGAUCUGUGACCCCGACCACCGCCUCCCAGUCACCAUGGUGGCCAACCUCUUCUUCGUCUUGGGGAGAGUCAUGAUGCCGGAGCUGGCGGCCAUAUCUCAGGACUGGAAGUUGCUGCAGGGGCUGAUGACCUUAUUCCUGGGCCUCGUGCUGCUGUUCUGGGGGUUUCCUUUGCUGUUGCCGGAGUCCCCCCGAUGGCUGGUGGUCACUCGGCAGCUGGAGAGAGCCCAGAGGGUCCUGUGGCACAUAGCCGAGAGCAACUUCAGCCCUGAUGAUCCCAGCUCUGCCAACCUUGCUCUGGACGCAGGGUUGGACAGACUGUUUGCAACAAAGUCCUUGCCCCAGUAUCACUGCAUCUUUGAGAUCUUCAGCACUCAGCUCACCUGGAGGAACAUCCUUAUCCUGUGCUUCACCACGUUCCUCGGGUACGGCAUUCGCUUUAACUUCACACACAACCUGAUGCCCUUCAUGCCUUCCUUGACCUCGUCCAGAUUGUUGCUGGCUGGGAUGGAGGGGGCUGCCUGCCUCCUGCUGAUCCCGAUGACCUACUGCUAUGGCCGCCGAGCUAAUCUGCUCCUGUGGACGGUCAUCAUCACUGUGGCCUCCCUGUUCCUUCUCUCCCUUAUCCAAGACCUGCCGGUGUGGAUAGUGAUGUUCCUCUCCGGACUGGGGCUCCUGGCCUCCGAGGUUAUCUCUGUGCUCAGCAUCUUUUUUUCCAGUGAGAUCCUCCCCACCCCGAUCAGAGGAGCUGGGCUGGGCGUCAUCAUGGCAGCCGGGUUCCUGGGACAAAUGGCCACCCCCAUCACGACCUUCUCCAGAACCCCCAGCUUCUUCCUGCACCACCUGGUGUUUGCCUCUUUCGCCGUGCUCUCCAUGCUCUGCAUCCUGCUCCUCCCUGAGAGCCGGGGCCGGAACCUCCCCGAGUCCCUGGAGGAGGCUGAGGGCAGACAGUCGUCCCUGCUCUUCCUGCACUGCUGGACCCGCCACGUCCCGCUGCUCCAUCCCCACCACCAGCAGAUCCACUAUGGGCAGCGGCAGUGGCAGGUCUCCAAUUCGAGGCCUUCGGUCUCCAGCACAGAGAAUGGCCACCAAAGGCACGAAUCCAUCUGGAGUACCCUGGUCACCCGGGCCCUGGGCACGCGGUGGGCGAGGCGAGUGCGAGCCACGGAGGAGCGCCCGCAGUGACUGCCCCGACCCGUGCCCUUGUUGUAGCCCUGGGAAGGGAGCCCUUGUCAAACAGGAGGAUGCUUUGUCACUGUCACCUUUAUGGUAAUGGGGAGCGGCGGCUCCCUCUCGCCAACUCCCCUGUGUUCUGGAUGGGAGGAAAGGAAGGACGCCGGGAGGCCUGAACUGCCCCUGCCCCGGAGCCUCCCUGGGGUAGGGCAGGAAUUCCCAACUCCCCUACGAGUUCCGGACCAAGGGAGCUCUCCCCGAGAGGCCGACGGGCCCCGCUCUGGCCGCCCUGCUGUCAGCCGGGAGCCCUCGCCUCCAGAAAGCGGUUUCUUUGUGGGGCAGUGUCCGGCUUUGUGAUGGCUUCUCCCCCCUCACUGAAAAGCACCCUGAGAACCACCUUGAUUCCUCCGCAUCCACUGCUCUGGUUUUUGCCUAGCCCUUCCAGGACCCCCG